AUGGACAGCAACGCGACCGCGGCGUUUGUGCGGGAGCAUGGGGCUCAGGACGUAGUCCUGAUCAGCUCUGAGUAUUGGACGCCGCGAAUGGUGCGAGGCAUCGCCGAGCUGUGUGACCACGGCACUCGCGUGCUCGCCGUCAUGCGGCUCUCCUCGUUAACCAACGAAGCUAGAAUCCACCGGUCUAUGCGGUUUCUCGAGCGAUACUUCGAGGCCGUCGACUCGAUGCACGCCCGCGCCGUCGAGAAGGCGCGCUGGCUGCCCAGCGGGUUCAAGAUGGGCGCGAUGGAGUUUCGGCCGCGGAAGGGCGGAAGCAAGCGCACGAGCCCUCGGCACAGCAGGGUCUGUGCUGAUUCUGGCUGCUGA